AUGUCCGUGCUCGCUCCACCGAACGCUGAGGGGAAGAUUGCCGAACGAAAGGUACAACGGCCAGGCGCGGCAACGCCCAUUUCCACUGAGGGAGACAAGGGCGGCGUGAGAGCAGAGAGAGGGCUGGGUGAGUGUAGUGGGGUUGAAUUCAACCCCACCGAGGAGCAGAAUGGAGGCACACACACGCCUCUGCCUCUCCCUCCCUCCUCCUCUCUGCACUUCCUGUCCAUGGCAGGAGACAAGGGCGGCGUGAGUGCAGAGAGAGGGCUGGGUGAGUCUUGUGGGGUUGAAUUCAACCCCACUGAGGAGCAGAAUGGAGGCACACACACGCCUCUGCCUCUCCCUCCCUCCUCCUCUCUGCACUUCCUGUCCAUGGCAGUGAGACAAGGGCGGCGUGAGAGCAGAGAGAGGGCUGGGUGA